GCUGAGAGGCGCGAUAACAGCGCGCUCAUGGUCUGAGUAAACUAUAUUAACACAGAACUGUCAUUACACGAGAGUGAACAGGCCCUGGUUGUCUAUUUCAUAUGUCAUUCAAGUACAAGUUCUAUUGUGUGAUUCAGGCAUCCAUUAAUAUAAAAAUAGAAUAAAUUUGUUGUGUUUAUUAGAUUAUUAGCGCUGUUAUAACAAUUAUAGAUAGUUUAUCAAAUUAAUUCAUCUGUUAAAAAAGAAGCAACAUGUCCACACCAGCACGUCGCCGACUGAUGAGGGAUUUUAAACGUCUGCAAGAAGACCCGCCUACCGGAGUUAGUGGAGCACCUACGGACAACAACAUUAUGAUAUGGAAUGCUGUAAUAUUCGGCCCACAUGACACUCCAUUCGAGGACGGAACGUUCAAAUUAACGAUCGAAUUUACAGAAGAAUAUCCCAAUAAACCGCCAACAGUUCGCUUCGUUAGUCACAUGUUUCACCCCAAUGUUUAUGCAGACGGCGGUAUAUGUUUAGAUAUUUUACAAAAUAGGUGGAGUCCCACAUAUGAUGUAUCAGCUAUUUUAACUUCAAUUCAAUCUUUACUUAGUGAUCCUAAUCCGAAUUCGCCAGCGAACUCGAUGGCUGCCCAGCUUUACAAAGAAAACCGACGGGAGUAUGAAAAACGAGUGAAAGCAUGCGUCGAACAGAGCUUUAUCGACUAGCUACCAUUUGGGUUCAACAUAAAAAUUAUAUCCACGCUUAAAAAUAGAUUGGAAAAAAUUCGCCCCGAAGCCGUUUAUAUCUUAGCAAACUCUAGAACAUCGUAAUUUUUGUCUGUUUGUAUCACGGCGAUUUGUCCUUAAUACAUAAACUAUUUAUAUGGGCUUUUCCACUUAAUGUGCAACAUAGAGUAGGUCAGUUCUUAUGGUUAUUAUUUAAAAUUUAUUUUGAUCAAUUAAGCUGUGAAGCUCUUGCUUUGUAGGAUAAUGUUUACGUUUUUUCUUCUGCUUGUGUAUAAUAGCUGAUCAAGAGUGUUCAAUUGUAUCAUCGAUUCAUAAUUUAUUACAUUAAACUAGUCGAAUUUGCUGUGCC